AUGGAGCGCCUCGAGAUAUACUCCUUAGAAAGGGAAAAUAUGGGCAUUGGAAAAUUCGCGCCAGAUCAAGAUGCAAAUGUCACUAAUGCCUAUGACCGCCCGCAUAAAGCUGAAUCCACGGAGCGGGCUUCGCCCAAGCGACUAUUCAAUUUCACACAGAUAUUCUUUUUCUCGCUUACUUAUCUGUCGAGCUGGGAAACUCAGGCUUUGAAUUUGAGCACGGUUCUCUCAAAUGGCGGCCCUGAAGCCUUAGCCUGGGGAAUAGUGAUCGUGGUAUGUGGUGCAAUGGCUCAAUCUGCCUCGCUAGCCGAGAUGGCUUCGAUGCAACCAAUUGCUGGGGCUCAGUAUCACUGGACACAUUACUUGGCACCGACGAGUCAGAAGAAAUUUAUCACUUGGAUGCAGGGUUGGGUGACCUGGUUCGCGUGGAUUUCCAUACUCGCCGGGGUUGCCAAUACCACUGCUACGAUGAUCCAGGGCCUAGCGAGUGUGAACUACCCAGAGUACGAGCCAAAGCAAUGGCACAUAACCCUCAUCAUUGUUGGCAUGCUCAUUGUCGAAGCGUUCAUGAACAUGUAUACAUUUUGGCUGAUUCCUUGGAUCGAAAUGUUGGCUGGUAUUCUGCACAUCUGCCUUUUGAUUGUGUUUUUGGUUGUAUUCACGGCUUUAGCCCCCCGUCACACCCCAGAAUUUGUCUUUUUACACACGCAAAGUACCUCAGGCUGGGCAGAAUUCCCCGCUUGGAACAUAGCUUUGCUCACCCCUGUAUGGGGGUUUGUCGGAUUUGAUGGAGCAGUACACAUGAGUGAGGAAGUCCGCCGAGCAAAGCAAGCUGUUCCUAGGUCUAUCUUCUAUACUGUUGUCGCCAACGGUAUCCUGGCAUACGCAAUGGUUGUCUGUAUGCUCUUCACCAUGGGCUCGGUGGAAGAAGCUCAGAAAUCCAGAUUUCCGAUAAUCGAGAUCUGCCGACAAGCCACCGGGUCUGUAAAAGCCGCCAUUGCAAUGGUAAGCGGACUGCUUGUUAUCUCGCUGUCGGUCAAUCUGGCAAGUAUAGCGUCUGUGUCAAGAUUGACGUGGGCGUGGGCCCGUGACGGAGCCCUACCCCGGUGGUUUAGUUAUAUUGACCGCAAGCAUAACGUUCCAAUUCGUGCUGUUUGGCUUCCAGUCCUCGUUGUCAUGAUUUUAGCGUGUUUGAACAUCGCAGACGGCGCCGCCUUUGGGGCGUUUGUUGCGUUGGGGUCGAUUGGCCUCUUCGUGUCAUAUUUUAUUGCUAUUAGCUGCAUGUUGCAUAAUCGGUUCCAGAAACAUGUGGCGCCUCUUGGAAACUGGAACAUGGGCACUUGGGGGCUUCCGGUCAAUGUCUUCGCUUUGAUGUAUACCGCUUGGGUAACAGUGUGGUUGGCAUUCCCGUCAGCUCUACCGGUUACUGGGGAGAACAUGAACUAUGCGGCACCAAUCUUCGGUGCAACUACUUUGUUUGCUUUUGUUUACUGGUUUAUCAAGGGACGCACUCGUUGGGAGGGGUUAAAUAAAGAGGUUAUUCGACUGGUUGUGGAAAAGGGAGAACUUCAGUUGAAAUGA